AGUUGUGUAGUUAUUGUAGUUGUUGUAGUUGCUGUAGUUGCUGUAGUUGUUGUAGUUACUGUAGUUUCUGUAGUUGUUGUAGUUCCUGUAGUUGUGUAGUUAUUGUAGUUGCUGUAGUUGCUGUAGUUGUGUAGUUGCUGUAGUUGCUGUAGUUGUGUAGUUAUUGUAGUUAUUGUAGUUGUUGUAGUUCCUGUAGUUGCUGUAGUUGUUGUAGUUCCUGUAGUUGUGUAGUUAUUGUAGUUCCUGUAGUUCCUGUAGUUGCUGUAGUUGUUGUAGUCACUGUAGUUUCUGUAGUUGUUGUAGUUCCUGUAGUUGCUGUAGUUGUUGUAGUUACUGUAGUUUCUGUAGUUGUUGUAGUUCCUGUAGUUGUGUAGUUAUUGUAGUUGCUGUAGUUAUUGUAGUUGCUGUAGUUGCUGUAGUUGCUGUAGUUGUGUAGUUGUCUGUAGUUGCUGUAGUUGUGUAGUUAUUGUAGUUAUUGUAGUUGUUGUAGUUCCUGUAGUUGUGUAGUUCCUGUAGUUGUGUAGUUGUGUAGUUCCUGUAGUUGUGUAGUUGUGUAGUUCCUGUAGUUGUGUAGUUAUUGUAGUUGUUGUAGUUCCUGUAGUUGCUGUAGUUGUUGUAGUUACUGUAGUUUCUGUAGUUGUGUAGUUAUUGUAGUUGCUGUAGUUGUUGUAGUUGCUGUAGUUGCUGUAGUUGUGUAGUUGCCGUAGUUGCUGUAGUUGUGUAGUUAUUGUAGUUAUUGUAGUUGCUGUAGUUGUGUAGUUAUUGUAGUUAUUGUAGUUGCUGUAGUUCCUGUAGUUGCUGUAGUUGUUGUAGUUACUGUAGUUGCUGUAGUUGUUGUAGUUCCUGUAGUUGUGUAGUUAUUGUAGUUGCUGUAGUUGUUGUAGUUGUGUAGUUGCUGUAGUUGCUGUAGUUGUGUAGUUAUUGUAGUUAUUGUAGUUGUUGUAGUUCCUGUAGUUGUGUAGUUCCUGUAGUUGUGUAGUUCCUGUAGUUGUGUAGUUGUUGUAGUUCCUGUAGUUGUGUAGUUAUUGUACUUAUUGUAGUUGCUGUAGUUUCUGUAGUUGCUGUAGUUGCUGUAGUUGUGUAGUUAUUGUAGUUGCUGUAGUUGCUGUAGUUGCUGUAGUUGUGUAGUUGCUGUAGUUGUGUAGUUAUUGUAGUUGUUGUAGUUCCUGUAGUUGUGUAGUUGUGUAGUUCCUGUAGUUGUGUAGUUAUUGUAGUUGUUGUAGUUGUUGUAGUUGCUGUAGUUGCUGUAGUUGUUGUAGUUACUGUAGUUUCUGUAGUUGUUGUAGUUCCUGUAGUUGUGUAGUUAUUGUAGUUGCUGUAGUUGUUGUAGUUGCUGUAGUUGCUGUAGUUGUGUAGUUGCUGUAGUUGUGUAGUUAUUGUAGUUAUUGUAGUUGUUGUAGUUCCUGUAGUUGUGUAGUUGUUGUAGUUCCUGUAGUUGUGUAGUUAUUGUACUUAUUGUAGUUGCUGUAGUUUCUGUAGUUGCUGUAGUUGCUGUAGUUGUGUAGUUAUUGUAGUUGCUGUAGUUGUUGUAGUUGCUGUAGUUUCUGUAGUUGUUGUAGUUGCUGUAGUUUCUGUAGUUGUUGUAGUUGCUGUAGUUGCUGUAGUUGUGUAG